AUGUAUAAAUCAUUCAGGGUGUCAGUUAGCUGGCUUACAAUUAAUGCUCUUUUAUGGCUAUGGCUGAUCCUCCAAAGGAUACUCUAUUGCAGCGUUUGGCAUUAUUGGAGUUACGAAUCUGAAUAUCGAGAUGUUUCAUAUCCCUGGUGGCAACAUGUCUGGUCUUCAUACUAUCCUGUACCCAUACAGCCACCGGUGAUGUCGGCCGGUUUUAUUAGUUGGAUUAUCGCGAUGUUGAUUGCGGUAACUGCUUUGGGAUGUGCAAACUCUACAGAUCGCGUGGAAACUUUUGUUAAAGAAUCUUUAGUUAAAUUCCGGAACGCCUUUGCGAUGGUCAAAUUACAUAUGGAAUGGUCAGAGGACGGCGAGAAAAAUGUUGUCAUAAAAACAUAUUCUUGUUCUAGAGCGCAAGAGGAGAUCCUCGUACCUAUUGAAGCAAACGCGAUAUUGGACGAUGGCGAAAUCAGUAUAGGUUGCGAGGAUGGCCGCUCAGAAAUGUCGAACGAUACGAACAAUGCGGCGCGUGGAGAUAUACAUCCGAUUUCUUACGGAACAAAUUGGAUGCCGCAGCCAAAUUUCUCCCCGUUUAAGGAAAUGCAGCGAAAAAUAUCGAAGAAAUCCUUUCACACAGUGGCAGGCGCCAAUGACAUUCAGGAUCCUGACAAAUUCACCAAGCAAUUGCGAAACCGACGCGGCUGUCACACCGUGAUACCGAGCAAUUGCAGCGAGCAAUCAAGUGAAUGUUGAAGGGACUUGUCAAUGUUCAUUGAACGAUCGUCAUCAAAGAGCUCUUCGAUUGAGCAAUGCUCAUGGGAAAACAUAUCCUCGAAUGUGGCGCGUCAAUUUCGCAGAGAAUAUUUAAUUUAUAUAAACUAACGAGUGUCAGCGCGCUGUG